AUCGAUGUACUUACAAGGGACGAAAUUGAUCACUUUGAUCACCCCCAUCCGCUCAGCAAUGUGUAUCUACAACAGCCUAAUCAAAAAAAUGAAAAUUCUGAAGACGAAGAUGAAGACCAAGAGAAAGAAGAAGAUGAUUUUGUGGAGGAAGACCAUUAUGGUGGACAAUGCAACCUUUGUAAGGAACAAAUCUGGUCAUUUCAUUUGUGUUACUACCAAUGCAAGUCCUGUGACUACUCAUUGCACAAAUUUUGUGCAGAACUACCCGAGACCCUAGUAAAUCACCCAUCACACCCUAACCAAGAUCUUUUUUUCGAUCGUUUUUAUACUUAUAGAGUUAACUGUCAUGUCUGCAAUACCGAGCUUAAGGACACCCGUUUUUAUUAUUGUUAUGUCUGCGAUAUUUACAUGGACAUUACUUGUGCUACUAUGCCAAAACAAAAGAUAAACCACCCUAGUCACCCUCACCUACUAGAACGAAUGCCCGGGUCCAUCGUAUCUAGUUGUCAAGCUUGUGGUAAUAAACAUGAAGGGGUCUUCUUUCUAUGUACCACAUGUCCUGGGUUUCGGAUCAACCAGGACUGUGCUUUGUUGCCUGCCAAGUUACUAAUACAAAAUCAUACCGAUGGGACUUUCACUCAUUCUCAUCCACUUACCCUUGCCUAUUCCUUUUCCUCUUUGGAUCUACAAUCUGCAUUCUUCCCCAUUUGUAGAGCCUGUGGUCAGCGUUUCAAAAGUCAUUUAUGGGCUUACAAAUGUGAUAAAUGCCGAUAUUAUGUGCAUGUUGAUUGUGCAACUUCAAAGAAAGAGCCAUUUAUGUCCAUCUUCCAACAUGAAAGCCUUGGAGAAACUUCUAAAAAUUUUUAAGAUGAUGAACAUCCGAAUCUGCUCCACUGCCAAUUUAACGAUGAAGGUGACAAUCUUUUAAAGCAUCAUAUGUCUAAUCGAAAGGAGUUG